AGUCUGUAAUCAACCCUGGGCCCUGCGCGUGUGUGUGUGUCGUGUCCUGUAGAGCUGAAAUGUCACUCUGCUGUUUCUAGGCCUCGCAGCGCAGACAGGCUGAGUGUGUGACUCUGGGGCUCAGGACCUGCUCAGAGAGGGGGGGGAUUAUAAUGUACUUUGUUAUUUGACAGCAGAUGAAGAAAUAGCGUUUAUUUAUCACCUGCAUCUGCUUGUUCGUGUUCGUAUUAAGGAGCCAGACGGACGCUUGUGGCCAUGUCGACCCUCCUGCGCUGCAUCUCCAGCUCUUCUGCCACUUUCCUGAAGCGGGGGGUCCGUCACAAGAUUCCUGGAAGGAGGCAAUUCAGGACUUUCCCUGUGUUAUGGGACCAAAAUGCCUCCAGAGGUGUGCUCUACAAGGACGUGGUGGUGGGCGUCCCUAAGGAGACCUUACAGAAUGAGCGGCGCGUGGCGUUGUCGCCUGCCGGCGUGCAGGCGUUGGUCAAACAGGGCUUCAACGUGCAGGUGGAGAGUGGAGCUGGAGAGGAAUCCAAGUUCUCUGACCAACAGUACCAGGAGGCUGGAGCCACCAUCACUGACGUCAACGGAGCCUUAAGCUCAGACUUGGUCCUCAAGGUCCGAGCCCCCAGCCUAAGCGAGGUGGACCUCCUGAAGCCCAAGAGCACCUUGGUGAGCUUCAUCUAUCCAGCGCAGAACUCAGAGCUGAUGGCGAGGCUGUCGGAGAGACAGAGCAACGUGCUGGCCAUGGACCAGGUGCCCAGAGUCACCAUCGCACAGGGCUACGACGCACUCAGCUCCAUGGCAAACAUCGCUGGGUACAAAGCUGUGGUUCUGGCUGCCAACAACUUUGGCAGGUUCUUUACUGGUCAGAUCACAGCUGCAGGAAAAGUCCCCCCGGCUAAGGUCCUGGUUAUCGGAGGUGGAGUGGCUGGUUUAGCAGCAGCAGGUGCAGCCAAGUCGAUGGGAGCCAUAGUGAGAGGAUUUGACACCAGGCCGGCAGCCCUGGAGCAGUUCAAGUCAUUCGGGGUGGAGCCUUUAGAGGUCAACAUCAAAGAGUCUGGCGAUGGGGUCGGAGGUUACGCCAAAGAAAUGUCCAAAGAGUUCAUUGAUGCUGAGAUGGCUCUCUUUGCUAAGCAGUGCAAAGAGGUUGACAUUGUCAUCACCACUGCACUGAUUCCAGGGAAACGAGCUCCCAUCCUGAUCAAGAAGGAGUUUGUCGAGUCGAUGAAGGACGGCUCCGUGGUGGUGGACUUGGCUGCAGAGGCGGGGGGCAACAUCGAGACCAUUAAGCCUGGUGAGCUGUAUGUCCACAAGGGAGUGACACACAUCGGUUACACAGACCUGCCCAGUCGCAUGGCCUCGCAGGCUAGCGCCCUGUACUCAAACAACGUCCUGAAGCUGCUGAAGGCCAUCAGCCCCGACAAGGAGUACUUCCACUAUGAGCCCACAGACCAGUUUGACUAUGGAACAAUUGACCAUGUCAUCCGUGGGACUCUCGUUAUGAAGGAAGGCCAGAACAUGUUCCCAUCCCCGCUGCCCAAAACAGUCCCCCCAGCACCAAUAAAACAAAAAACCAUCAUCGAGUUGAAGGCUGAGAAAGCGGCAACGGUUUCCCCUUUCAACCGCACCAUGACCUCGGCUGGCGUCUACACUGCAGGUCUCUCCACCUGCCUGGCUCUGGGCAUCAUAUCCCCCAACGCAGCUUUCACUCAGAUGGUCACAACCUUCGGCUUAGCGGGGAUUGUGGGAUACCACACUGUGUGGGGUGUGACCCCCGCUCUGCACUCCCCCCUCAUGUCUGUCACCAACGCCAUCUCAGGUCUGACGGCAGUAGGUGGUCUGGUGCUGAUGGGCGGAGGUCUCACCCCCUCCUCAUUGCCCGAGAGUCUGGCUCUGGCUGCUGCCUUUGUUUCUUCCAUCAACAUUGCUGGAGGUUUUCUGAUCACCCAGAAGAUGUUGGACAUGUUCAAGCGUCCCACGGAUCCUCCUGAGUACAACUACCUGUACAUCCUGCCUGGAGCUGCGUUUGUGGGCGGAUACGGAGCUUCGGUGGCAGCUGGAUACAGCAUCGAGCAGAUGAUGUACCUGGGCUCAGGCAUGUGCUGCGUCGGGGCGCUGGCCGGCCUCUCUACUCAGCGCACCAGUCGCCUGGGCAACACCCUGGGCAUGAUGGGAGUGGCCGGGGGCAUCGCUGCCACGCUCGGGGCCCUCCAGCCGUCGCCAGAGCUGCUGUCUCAGAUGUCUCUGGCCAUGGCCACUGGAGGAACCCUCGGUCUGACCAUCGCCAAGCGCAUUGAAAUCUCCGACCUGCCGCAGCUUGUGGCGGCCUUCCACAGCCUCGUGGGGCUGGCAGCCGUUCUCACCUGCGUCGCCGAGUACAUGAUCGAGUUCCCCCACCUGGACACUCACCCAGCCGCUGGCAUGGUCAAAACCGUGGCCUAUCUGGGCACCUACAUCGGAGGCGUCACCUUCAGUGGGUCACUGGUGGCCUACGGCAAGCUCCAAGGCAUCCUGAACUCCGCCCCCCUGAUGCUGCCAGGACGACACAUGUUGAACGCCGGUCUGAUGGCGGCGUCGGUCGGAGGCAUCGUGCCGUUCAUGCUCAGCACCAGCUAUGGUACAGGCAUGGGCUGUCUGAUGGGCGUGUCGGGGCUUUCCACUGUUAUGGGUGUGACUCUGACAGCAGCCAUCGGGGGUGCCGACAUGCCCGUGGUCAUCACCGUGCUGAACAGCUACUCUGGCUGGGCUCUGUGCGCUGAAGGUUUCCUCCUGGAAAACAACCUGAUGACGAUCGUCGGAGCUCUGAUUGGCUCCUCCGGUGCCAUCCUCUCCUACAUUAUGUGUGUGGCUAUGAACCGCUCCCUGCCCAAUGUGAUCCUGGGCGGGUACGGCACCACGUCCACAGCCGGCGGUAAACCCAUGGAGAUUGUCGGCACUCACACUGAGGUCAACGUGGACCAGACCAUUGACAUAAUCAAAGAGGCCAACAGCAUCAUCAUCACACCAGGCUGGGGUCUGUGUGCAGCCAAAGCUCAGUACCCGAUCGCAGACAUGGUGAAAAUGCUGAAGGAGCAGGGAAAGAGCGUCAGGUUUGGUAUCCACCCAGUUGCCGGCCGUAUGCCCGGCCAGCUGAACGUCCUCCUGGCCGAGGCCGGUGUUCCCUAUGAUGUGGUCCUGGAGAUGGAUGAGAUCAACCAAGAUUUCCCUGAAACAGACCUGACACUGGUCAUCGGAGCCAACGACACGGUGAACUCUGCAGCACAAGAAGAUCCCAACUCUAUCAUUGCUGGCAUGCCCGUCCUGGAGGUGUGGAAGUCCAAACAGGUGGUUGUGAUGAAGCGCACGUUGGGCGUGGGCUACGCCGCGGUAGAUAACCCUAUUUUCUACAAGCCCAACACAUCCAUGUUGCUGGGAGAUGCCAAGAAGACCUGUGACAGCCUGCAAGCCAAGAUCAGAGAGGCCUUCUACUAGUUAACGCCCACUAUAAUAUCAUGUACAGUAGUUCUCAAACACAGCGGCAGGUUGACAGAUACUACAGGAUUUCAGGAGCAAUAUAUUUUUCAGAGAAUAGAUUUACUGGGUCUGCAACAAAAGAAACCGUAACUGCAGAAGAAUUGAUUUGUUGAAACUAAGGGAUAUGAAAACUGCUGAUUUGUAAAUAAAAUAUUUAAACAUA